AUGCCCGGCCCAGACCAACUGCCUCAAUUGGAUGGCUUUGGGAUCACCUUCCCAUUUCCUAUCCGGGUCGCCGUGUGCUUAGUUGCUGGUUUCUGGGGAUUCGCCGUCAACCUUCAUGUUCUGAAAAAAGCCAACAUUGAUGUCCCAUCUCUCAUUCGAUACCCUGCGCGAACGUCCUCACAACGACCACAUCAUAUAGCAGCGUAUCGCCUAGCCGCCUUCUUCUCCGUCCCGAUUGCAACGUGGUAUCUCAUCUUCUUGCUCGCCACACAUCGCUCCCGAGAGUUAGUGGAACAGCUAGACUUCAUUCCACUGUCGGUCUUCGUUAUCCUUCUCGCCAUCUUGGCAUGGCCCUAUAAUCGCGCCUCCCGCAACGGCCGCAUCCGACUUCUUAAAACCUUGCGGCGGAUCAGCAUCGGAGGCCUGGCUGAGACCCAGGAUGGCAAAUUCGGCGAUAUUUUGCUGGCCGAUGCUUUGACCAGUUAUUCUCGCGUUCUGGGAGAUCUUUUUGUGAGCUUCUGCAUGUUCUUCACCUACGACAUCUCCGCCACCUCCAAACCCGACCGCCAAUGCAGAAAGGAGUUUAUCGUUCCUCUCGUCGUGUCGCUCCCCAGUCUCAUUCGAUUCCGCCAAUGUUUGAUUGAAUACAUACGUGCGCGGCGGGCGACUUCGCCCGCAGAACGCGGCCGGGAAAACCAGCACUUGGCCAACGCCCUCAAGUACGCUACUGCGUUGCCAAUGAUCUGGUUCGCUCCCAAACUGCGUUUCUACACUCCCAAGGACUUCCAUGGGUACAGCGAGAUGACAAUGUGGCGUCUUCUUUUCUUCUUCACCUUUGUCAACUCCGCGUAUACGUUCUGGUGGGACGUCGUCAAGGAUUGGGAUCUGACACUCUUCUCUCCCGACCGCAUCAGCAAGGACUAUCCGUAUGGUCUCCGUCGCCAUCGUUGCUUCUCGUCCUACCGAGUGUACCACUACGCCAUCGCCGUGGACCUCGCGCUUCGUUUCACGUGGCUGUGGCGCAUGUUUCCCGGACUGGGAUGGCUUCCCGAAACCGAAAGUGGUCUGUUCACGCUGAUGAUGCUCGAAAUAUUUCGUCGCUGGAUGUGGGUGUUUUUCCGGAUUGAGGCCGAAUGGGUCCGGAAUACCCGCGGCCCUGUCCCCGAUGACGUUUUACUCGGCGAUUACAAUCACAAAUUCGACACGGACUGA